AUGCCCCCGGAACUGAGGAAGAGAAAUGAGGACGGCAGAGCAUUAUUGCCAUCAGCAGACGAGAAAAUGACGGCAGUGGCGACAGAGCCACGCACACAGAAGAAGAAGAUGGACAAAGAUAUCUCAAAAGCUGUCUCUGGAGAUAUCGCAGGCCCUACUGCCCAAGCCUCGCCAGCUCCACGUGGUAGGGGACGACCAAAGAAGGUCAGCAAAGGAGCUACAAAGACCAGCGCCGGCAGUGGUUUUGAUGCCGGCUUGGAACCCGAAGGUGCCGACUCUGGGUAUCGAGGAGACGUCUCUGUGAUGUCCCAGGACGGCGGUCUUGGGACGGAAAGCAAGGAGUUCCAAACGACUGACAAUGCGCAUACCCGAUCAGGCAUCAGCAGCUCUCGCCUUGAUGACAAGUCGCCUCGGGAGGCCAUUCGAGUCUCCUCCAGCAGCUCCCACCAUCCCAGCCAGCACAGCUCUGGCGAAUCUCGCAAAUGGUGGAUCCUGAUCGCCCUCUGUUUGACUUGCUUGCUAUAUCUCGCCGUCUUGUUUCGGCAGAACACGACUCCCACCGAGACAACAGGCAACGGACGCAACGAAAGUGGUGGAAGAAGCGAUGCGCCGCUUGUGGACGACAUAACGUAUCACGUUGGUCCUGACGGGCGUUCUCUCGAGCGCAAGGUCAAGAAAGGCAAAGAUCCCUGGGCUGGAGAUAGGCUUCCGCGCAAGAAGGUUGUUUGA